AAUCACAGGCAAGAAAAUUGUACACACCGCCAUUUUUAAAUAGCCCGUAUAUAUCAUCGUGCCGCUUAUUUAUUUCAACUUUAAAUCAGAAGCAGAAUACAGAUUCGAGUGAAAAAUUGAAGUAAAUCUAAAUGAGAGAAAGGAGUCAUACAUUUCUAGGCCGAGACGAUUGUCAUCAUCACACAUCUGUGUCGAUAACCACAUUUCUCAAGGGACUUUGAAGAAGUGAGAGCUGAAGAGUGGAAAAGAGACAUGGCUGUUCAGGGAGUUGUCAAACAGUUGAGAGAUUUGGCCAAAGAUCCCCAGAACAGAGAGAAGAUUGUCAAGGAUCAAGGCUGUUUGCCUGGCUUGGUAUUAUUCUUGGAUAACGAUGAUCCCAUCGUGGUUUCAACUGCACUGGAGGCUCUUCAGUACUUAUCGGAGAGUGCAAUGAAUCGUCCUCUGAUGAAAAAAGAACUUGGGAUGCUGGUUAGUCUAGAAGCAAUCACAAACAAUACUGACAGUGACACAAGGAGCAAAAACCUGGCCCGGAGCAUCCACAAUCGGCUGACCGCCCCACCCUCCCCCAGCCCAUUGAAAGAGAGUUGCAAUCCCAACAGACCGAAGAGUACCAGGGUACAAGGAAAGCACCAUGGUAGCAAGUUCUUUGUUGGGACAAACAAUAGAAAGUCAAAAAUAAUCACUCUACAAAUCGUUGGCCUCAUGGACACAGAGUGCCGUAAAUCUUGCGAAGAAGAGCUUCUCAAAGUGAAAGGGGUCGUUAGUUUCACCUUUGACCUUUUGAAGAAACGAUGUGUAGUGAGGACAAGAAUGGACAUGAAACCUGAGGUGCUUGUUGCUGCCAUUUCAAAGACGGAAAAGAUGUCUGCUGAGCAAGUCGUCAGGAAUGAGCACGGUGAAGAGGUGAUACUGUCCUUUGGUGCCAACCCUGCCAUGGCCGACAAGGAGAACAACGGAGGACUCCUUCCAGAUUACCUACCGGAGGACAACAGUCCCAUUCGUCACAAGUCUAUCAAGAACAUUGGCCAGGACGACGAAGAGAGGCGGGGCGGCUGGCUCAGCGCCGCGGCGUCGUUUAUAUCCACCAAUUUUUACUGGUGAUCGUGGGACCAAGUAGAUUGGGGAGUUCAUAAGCUCUUGGUCUGCUUCUUAGAUAGUCUAAUACCACAUCACUUGUGGAGCGUUGAAAGAAACUUACGUUCAAUUACAAAGUAAGCAUAAUUCCUAAAAUCAAGCAUGAAUCUUAUGAUUGAACGUAAAUUUGCAGUUGAUUUACAUUCAAUUGCAACUCACCUUUUUUUACAACGCCCAAUCAUGCUUGAUUUGGGGACUUACGCUUUAUUUGCAAUUGCAACGCCCCAAUGGUCUUCCAUCUAUUUGAUCCAAUUGACUUUUUGUGUACUCAGCGCUUGGGCCACGUCUUACAAAGAGGUUAUGAUUGAUCCGAUCAACAACAACUAUGGAAAGCCGGCAACGUCAACAUCUAAAGUGCUUGUUUGUACAAAAAAAAUUUAGAUUUUCUUGAAAAUUCAGUGUGCUUCUCUUUGUUUACAAAGGACAUCAUGCAAAUUUCCUUGAGAAAAUCUUUGUAAGAUAGGGCCCUGUCUUACAAAGAGUUAUGAUUGAUGCGAUCAAUCUCAAAUAUAUGGAAAUCCAUCGAUGUCAUAAGUUUCUCUUUUGGAAAUUUGCCUAGUGUCCUUUGAAAACAAAGAGAAGCAUACUGAAUUGUCCAGAAAACAGUGAAUGUAUGAAUAUGCAUUAUUGCUAGAAAAUAUUUUGAACAAACAAGUAUUUUACAUGUUGAUGUUGCCGGCUUUCCAUAGUUGCGAUUGAUCGGAUCAAUCGCAACUCUUUGUAAGACGGGGCCCAGGUCUAAUACCCACUAAGUCUAAUUCUCAUUUAGUCUUAAUACCCAGAGGGUAUAAUUUGUGUGUAAUUAAUAUUUUGACCUUCAUUGUCAUGAUGCAAAUUUGAUUCAUAAACAAUUUCAUCUACCCAUAUAUUCUAAAUGGUGUUAGACCACUUGGGGUAAUAGAUGAAAUUGGUAUAGCCUAAUUUGAGAUAAGAUAAAGUGGAAAAUGGAUUAAAUGGCAAUUAGACCAAAUGUAGACGACUGGUCGUGAAUGAACAAUUUGGUGGAUUCACAAUAUGGUGCGCCAUCUAUCAGUUGCAGCGGACAGGCCGAAAUUCGCAAUGCAUUAUGGGAAAAAGUCGACAUCUGCAUGUGCUAGUACUAAAGUGAAUGCAUGCAUGCGAUUAUUCAGCGCUGACCGACGCGGCUCGACCGGAUAUGCUCUUUACUAGGGUCGAGGAGGUAGGAGAGAAAUUUGCCUGCAUAUUUCGCUGCAAAAUUAUAGUCUGUUUUUGUUUUUUGCCAUAUGAUUUUCACUUUUGAAGCGCCUGAGUGCGAUGUCGACCACGAAGUUAGAAAUUUGGCCUGUUCGCUGCAACCGAUAGAUGGCGCACCAUACUGCGAAUCCACCGAAUUGGUUAGAAAUAGUGGAACGAGACCAAAUGAAAAGUAGACAAAGCGGGUAUUAUAGACCAAUUGGCAGUUUACCGAUCGGGGGGCCCAAUCUUGUGUUGUAAAAGAGAUUUGCCGGACUCAAAUUCAUUGUGAUUUGCUAUUGAUCAUGUUGUUCUAUUAAGUUGAGUUAUGUGCUAAGAAUUCUCUCAAGAAGUAGAUUUAGCAUCAAAGGGGGGAGGGGGUCACUCACCAUACCUUUAUGAUGUAUGAAUGACUUUAUGAAAUGCUGCCAAGGGAAUAUGAAGGUUUGAGAAGCUUCCAUCCAUGAUCAGUACAUCUAUUGUUUGUAUCUAUGACUUUAAUAUCAAAAGCAGAUUACGUUGGUGUAUUUUUAUGAGGAAUUUUGACACCAUUGAAAUAUAAAUCAUCCAGAGUAGAACAAAUUUAUGACCAGUAGACAUUAUGUAAUGCCACUGGAAAUGACCUCAUGGUAUAUAAAAUUCACUGGCCCGUACUCUGAAUUCAGGUUCAACUUAGACCAUGGUCUAACUCUGUGCUAAAAUUAUGGGAAGCCAAAAGUGGCAAAAUCUUUAUUAAGUUGUAUGUUUCUUAUGUUCACUGUGCUCUUUCCUGAUUCAUCAAUGGUGAAGACAAUCAUCUAUUUGUACUUCCUCGACAAUUAUGAAUGAUUUGAGAGCUAAUUGAACUGAAAUAUGAUAUCUUUACUGUUAGAGAUUUAUGUGACAAUUGGCUAUCCAUACUUAAAACCACAACUUUAAACCUGAGUUUAAAUUAAACCCGACUUCAGAAUACGGGCCAUUGGGUCAGAUGCAUAAAAUUGUACCAAUUGCUGGCAAGCAAUCGCUUCAAGCACAAGCAAUUGCUAGCCAAGCAAAAUAUGCCUCAGCAGUUGCUUUAUUUCACAUGCUUAACCCUUUGCUAGUGUUUGAACCCUUUUCUUGCCUUCAGAAAGCAAUUGCCAGCGGUCUGAACAAUAGCGACGUCACGCUGGUGCGAACACGACUCACAGAAAAGGCAGGACUCGAAAGCAAAGGUGUAGCAGUGCAAUUACCGCUUCUUUCAUAUAACCUCAUUUCCGUAGACGUUUUGUCAAACUUGUUAUUUUUAACAUGAAUUUUGAAGGGCUUGGUUCGGUUCCCUUUAUUCAAUAUAUUUUAAAUACUGGUAUUGUAUUCUUGAAAUGUACCUCAUGUAUACUUUGGUUCUAAGCCUUUCAAAUUUAUCUGUGGUUAGAUUGUGACACAAGAUUGAUGAGAAUGGGAUUUUUUUUUGUCUGAGACCUACUUUUAAACCAUGCAUUGUUAUGAAGCUAUUUCUUUGUUCACCUUAUUACUAUCAUCAUGUCAACUUGAUAAGGCAGAUGAAUCAAGCCGUGCAUGAAUUAGACAAUUAAAACUAAAUAAUUUUUUUCUCAGAUAUUUGCUCUACGCUAUUUAAAUAGAUGGGGGAUGAGCUAUGAUUAUUCCAUUUAUUGUGGGGGAUUUCCCAAUUUAAUAUUGGUUAUAGACUUGAAUUAUGCUAUCCUGGUGCUAACUGCAUGUAUUUGUUCACUACAAUAUUCACACUGCAGUUUUAAAUGUUUCAUUUAACAGGACAAUUACAGGAUGUAAUUGAUCAUUCCUGAAAGACAUUUGUCCAGUAGUAAAGCCUUCAAGCAACUAUGGAGUAUAUAUUUGUAAAUAAAAUUGAUUGUAAAGAUGAUAAUUAAUUGUAAAUAAAUGUUAAGGAUUGAGAACUCGUAAA